ACUACGUCACUAUAUGUAUCAUGCACUUGAUUCAACCGAUUGUAUAUAAAAAACCUGUCAAACUUAUAGCAUACACUUAAUAGCUAGGAUUGCGUACAUAAAAACCCAUUUGUAUUUAACUAAACAGAAAUUCAUUGCCAAGUGCUAAUUUUCUUUCUUAUUUGUCAUCUACUACACUUUUUUUUUCCUUCCUCCUUUCCAAAUUCCAAUUAAGUAAAACUGAUGCCUUUUUGAUCCUUUGACAUUUUAACCAAUGGUAAUAGUAACAUAGAUUAUUGUACUUAAACAAUAAUAAAAAAAAUAAAAACUGCUCACCAUCUUUUGAUGCAAAAAGGGCAGUAUUUGCAAAAAGUUUACAAGAGAUUUGGUAAACUCUCUCCAUUCAUUUGAGAAGAGGAGAAGAGAAAGACACUAUAUUAGAGAAAUAAAAUCCUUGGUCAAAAGGGAUAAUCUUUGUUUAGUGGCACCUGUAUUUACUCAUUAUUACACCCUCACUCUCUUUUUCUGCAUUCUCUGAUUUUUUUCACAUGAUUUGCUUCUAAUGGUGUUUGAUUUUGCUGUAAAUUCAAUGAAAACAGCAAAUUGAAUGUUUUUGAGAGUUAUAAGAGCUUGAUUUUGGUGGGUUUUUUGAGAACCCGGGUUUUGACCCGUUUUUGCUUCUGGGUUGAGGUUCUACUGUUUGGUUCAUACUCAUUUCUGAUUUUUCAGACUUAGAGAUGGGUUUGGAAGAUAUUGGAGAUGGGCAAAUGUUGGCACUCAGAAUGAUUUCAAGACACAAACGUUCAAAAAGCUUUCCGGAUAAAAGAAGAGUUGAGAAUGGUGAUUCCCUUGAAGAGUCUCCUCGUCUAAAGUUGGACGUAGGACGACUUAAAGGCUCUAUUAAGGCUAAGAAACAGCAAUCUCCAAGAGUUGAAACUCAUUCACUGAAGCAAGAGAUUCUUCAACUCGAAAAAAGGUUGCAGGACCAAUUUGCUGUUCGGCGUGUUUUGGAAAAUGCAUUAGGUUCUGGAACGUCUUCUUAUGAGAAAAAUGAACCUUCUACAGUCCCAAAGCCUGCAACAGAUUUGAUAAAGGAAAUUGCAGUGCUCGAGUUGGAAGUUGGGUAUCUGGAGCAGUACCUUCUGUCACUGUACAGAAAAGCUUUUGAUCAGCAGGUGUCUACCGUAUCUCCAAAUGCUAAGGAUCACCAAGCGUCGUCAAUUUCUCCGACUAUAAAGAAUCAGAAAAUAUCCACUACAUCUCCAACUGUCAAGGAUCAAAGACUCAAGUCUCCCCCAGUUAUUCCACGUCGACUUUUUGUAGAUGAAGAUGCAGCUGAAACUGCAACAAAGGUUGAAGAAUCAACAUUUCAACCAGUUCCUAGGACGCUUUCUAACACAUUCAAAGAAACCGGUGAAAGCAAGAUACUCGACUCUAAUGCUCAUCGCUGCCACUCCUCUUUAUCACAUCGUACAGCACACCCUACUAGGCCUUCUCCGGACUCUGUAGCUAAAGCUUUGCGUGCAUGUCAUUCUCAGCCAUUGUCCAUGUCUGAGUUUGUAGCCUCAAAUGUCAUCAGCCUUGCAGAGCAUCUUGGCACACGUAUCUCAGACCAUGUUCCAGAGACUCCUAACAGAAUUUCAGAAGAUAUGGUGAAGUGUAUGGCAGCCAUAUUUUGCAAGUUGGGAGAGUCACCUGCAGCAAACAAUGGUCUCUCAUCACCCAAUUCCUCGUCAUCCUCGAUGGGUGCAUUUUCUCCUCAAUAUCAAUGUGAUGCAUGGAGUCCAGGUUAUGGGAAAGAUUCAUCUUUUGAUGCGCAUCUGGAUAAUCCAUUCAAUGUGGACGGGCUUAAGGAGUUUAGUGGUCCUUAUAGCACUAUGGUCGAAGUCCCAUGUAUGUAUAGAGAGAGCCAGAAAUUGGGAGAAGUGGAACAUAUGUUACAGAAUUUCAGGUCACUCAUUUGCCAAUUACAAGAAGUAGAUCCGAAGCAGUUGAAACAUGAGGAGAAAGUUGCAUUUUGGAUUAAUGUUCACAAUGCUUUGGUGAUGCAUGCAUUUCUAGCGUAUGGCAUUCCACAGAAUAAUGUGAAGAGAGUCUUCUUACUCUUGAAGGCUGCUUACAAUGUUGGGGGUCAUACUAUAAGUGCUGACACCAUUCAGAGCUCUAUCCUGGGGUGUAGGAUGUCUCGUCCAGGGCAGUGGCUACGCAUGCUGCUUUCCCCUAGGACAAAAUUCAAAACAGGAGAUGCCCGCCAGGCCUAUGCAAUCGAGCAUCCAGAACCCCUACUACACUUUUCACUUUGUUCGGGAAGCCACUCUGAUCCUGCGCUUCGUGUAUAUACCCCGAAAAGAGUUUUGCAAGAUCUCGAAUCUGCUAAAGAUGAGUACAUUCGUGCCACCUUUGGUGUACGCAAGGACCAAAAGGUCGUCCUGCCAAAGGUAGUCGAGGCAUAUGCCAAGGACACUGGUUUAUGCUCAGCCGGUAUCGUUGAAAUGAUCCAACAAUCACUCCCUGAUCCACUAAAGAAGAGUCUUAAGAAGUGUCAAUCUGGAAAAUCUCGCAAGAGCAUCAUCGAAUGGAUGCCUCACAAUUUCACCUUCCGCUACUUAAUAUCUAGAGAAUUGGUAAAGUGAUAUGUUUAAUUGACAAUCUACUUAUUCGUCGAUAGUACUAAAUUAUUUUUUUGGUUCUUGGUAGGAGAAAUCAUCCUGUUAUCUUGUUCUUUGAGUAAAUUAUGGUUUUUGUACAAAAGGAAAAGGAGAUUAUUAGAGGGGGUAGUAUUAGGAAGUACAGAACAGAAAGUGGUAGCCUCCACUUUUGUAAAUGUUGUGAUUUUAUCUAUUUAUUUAGUUUGGAAAUGAAAUUAAUGUGUUCUUUAUUAA